AUGUCUGGCCUGCAGGCACGAGCUGCUGCCGCGGCUGUGCAGCCGCCUCUGUCCCAGGCGGUUGGUUAUGUUGUCGUCGUGGUAGUUGGUGUCAUUAUCGCCCUGGUGAUGAUGGUGAUUACCAAGGUCUUGAAAAAGACCACGGGCGAGGAUAACAAGAAAACUGAAAUGUUUAUGACCGCAAAUCGCACAGUGAGAACCGGCCUUACUGCGUCUGCUGUUAUCUCGUCAUGGCUCUGGUCGACAGCCCUCCUUGGGUCUUCGUUCGUUGGAUAUGAUUACGGCGUUGCUGGCCCUUUCUGGUUCGCAGCAGGAUGCAGUCCCAUGAUUGUGUUCUUCGCGCUGCUGGGUCGAACCGCGCAUGUUGUUUUCAUGUUUCUCUGUCUGGUUAACAAUAUCUUCGCGUGCGCAAACAUGCUUCUCGGCGCUGCUGCCGUCAUCUCUGCUAUGUCUGGGAUGCAUGUCAUCGCUGCCACCUUCUUGCUGCCCGUUGGUGUAACCGUCUAUACAUUUGUCGGCGGGAUCAAGGCGACAUUCUUGACCGAUUAUUUCCACACAGCUAUUAUUCUGAUCAUCGCAUGUUACUUUUCUGUCAAAGCAUUCACGGCCGACCAAGUCGGCUCCGUCGGCAACCUCUACGAGCUCCUCCAGGCUGCCGCUGUGCGAAACCCCGUGUCUGGUAAUAAGGGCAAGACCUACCUUACUAUGACUUCAAAGGGUGGAAUCUUGUUUGACGAUAUCCUCAUCCCUGUCCAGAUGGACACUAGUUACUUCAUCAAGGCCUUCUCAGCCUCCCCCGCUGCGGUCGUUCCUGGAUACACCAUUGGCGGUAUCGCUUACUUUGCUAUCCCAUGGGCUUUGGGAACCGUGAUGAGCUCCGUUGCUCUAGGCCUGGAAAACCAACCCAACUUCCCAACAUACCCAAGGCGUAUGACCACCGCGGAAGUCAGUGGUGGGUUGGUUCUUCCAUACGCUGCGAUUACCAUCGCGGGCAAAGGCGGUGCUGCGGCCGUCCUUCUGAUGACCUUCAUGGCUGUCACCUCCACGCUCUCUGCCCAGGUUAUCGCAGUCAGCUCGAUUUUGAGCUUCGAUGUAUACCGGGAGUAUUUCAAGAAGUCGGCUACCGACAAAGACCUCAUCCGCGCCAGCCACUUUGGUGUUAUCUUCUUCGCCGCCUUCUCAGCAGGCUUCAGUACGAUGCUCCACUACGUCGGAAUUGAUCUCGGUUGGACUCUGUAUAUGCUGGGUGUGGUCACCUGCCCAGGUAUCUUCCCCAUGGUCUUCACAAUCCUGUGGCGCCACCAGAGCAAAGCCGCUGCGAUUCUGUCCCCCAUCCUGGGAAUGGCAAGCGGGAUUGCGGUCUGGCUGGGGACGUCCGUUUACUUUGGCGGAGAAGUCUCGGUCACCUCUACAGGUGAGGUGCUGCCUUGCAUGUAUGGUACCGUGACAUCUUGCUUCUCGCCCAUUCUCUACUCCGUUGUGAUCACCCUGAUCAAGCCCCAACGGUAUGAUUGGGCAGACUUCAAGAAAGAAAAGCUAGCGCUGGAGAAGCUCGAGAGCGACCUGACCACUGCCCACCACCGGGAGAUCCCCACUCAAAGCGAACAGAGUGACCCUGAAGAAGCGAGUCCGACUGGUGCGGCCUAUAGUGCCAAGGAACUAAAGAGGUGGGGUAGUAUCGCCGCGUUUUGGUCGAUCGCCACAUUCCUCGGCCACUGGGUCAUAUGGCCUUUGCCGAUGUAUGGCUCUGGCUAUAUUUUUGGGAAGACGUUCUUCGUCGCUUGGGUUGUCGUGGGUAUCAUCUGGCUCUGGGCACGAUGCUGA